CCAGCUCUGUCCUCUUCCAGACUCAGCUCACAAUGUCGGGCAUUGGGGAAAAUCUGAAAGCAGCUGGUGAAUUUGGGCCGUUUCAGAGACGGCUGGUGCUGUUCUCCUUGUUUCCAUGCCUCAGCCUGGCCUUCCACCAGUUCUGCCAGCUCUUUAUGGUUGUGGACGUGCCUCAUUACUGCAACACGGACUGGAUCCGUGCUGUCGGCCCCAACCUGACUGAGGAAGAGCAGCUGAACCUCACCCUGCCCCGGGAUGCGAAUGGGGACUACGAGCAGUGCAUCAUGUACUCGCCUGUGGACUGGGACCUCGACUCCAUCGUGGCAUACGGCCUGAAUGCCACGGAGAAGUGCAGCAACGGCUGGGUGUACCCCACAGCACAGCAGCCAUCCCUGCUCACCGAGUUUGAUCUUGUGUGUGACAGGAAGAACCUGAAUGACAUCUCACAGUCCGUCUAUAUGCUGGGAAUGUUCCUGGGAGCCAUGAUCUUUGGACUGUUCAGUGACAGGUUUGGCCGUCGGCCAGCCCUCUUGAUCUCCAUCCUCCUCGAGGGUUUGUUUGGUGUAGCAAUUGCCCUUGUACCUCAUUUCUAUGUAUACUUGGCCUUCAGAUGUGUCGUGGGGGCUUCAGUGUCAGGGAUCAUGAUGACCUUGCUGGCCCUAGUUACAGAAUGGGUUGGUGUCUCCUAUCGACCACAGGCAGUUCUUCUUUCUCACUGCUGUUUUGCUAUUGGACAAAUGAUUUUGGCUGGCUUGAGUUACGGUAUCCCAAACUGGAGGUUGCUGCAAACUGUAGGAUCUGCUCCUAUAUUUAUCCUUUUCCUCUUCAUCUGGUAAGUGGCAGGUGGGCAGUGAACUCCUUGCAAAUAUGACAGAUGCUGGAGGACCUUCUGCAGAGCUCAGCACAUCUUCCUGAGCCACGCACCACUGAGAGCAGCAGCUGCUUUCAUUUGGGUCCUCAGAUGUGGCCUCAGUGCCCUAAAUAUAGGGCUGGGAAGCCUGAGCUGAAGCCAUGUUUAUACUCCUCCAUCACACAUCAUGCAUGUUGCUGGACCUGGUGGCAGGGAGAUGGACUAUGAGGAAGCUCAGCAGGUCACAGUGCUGU